AGAUGGUCCUGGUCAUGAAACUUCUGUUCCUCACUUGCCUGUGGCCGACAGCUGUGAUACACAGCUCUCCAAGUCAGCAUCACCAUCUUCAUCAGCAGCAACAAAUCUCAUUUUUGAGAAGGCAUAACAGCAAACGAGAAAUUAAAAUGAGGAAACUUGACAGCACCAAAGUACGGCCACUUAAGUCUGAACAGCUUCUCCGCAUAGAGGACCAUGACUUUGCACUGAGACCUGGAUUUGGAGGGUCACCAAUCCCUGUGGGCAUUGACGUGCAGGUAGAAAGCAUUGACAGGAUAUCUGAAGUUGACAUGGACUUCACAAUGACUUUAUAUCUCAGACAUUACUGGAAGGAUGAGAGACUUUCAUUUCCUAGUACCAAAAACAAAAGUAUGACUUUUGAUGGAAGACUGAUAAAAAAGAUCUGGGUACCUGAUGUUUUUUUUGUACACUCCAAAAGAUCUUUCAUCCAUGAUACAACUGUGGAAAAUGUCAUGCUCCGAGUCUAUCCUGAUGGCAAUGUACUCUUCAGUCUACGAAUAACAGUUUCUGCAAUGUGCUUCAUGGAUUUCAGUAGGUUUCCUCUGGACACUCAGAACUGUUCUUUAGAACUGGAAAGCUAUGCGUACAAUGAAGAUGAUUUGAUGUUAUACUGGAAACAUGGAAACGAGUCUCUGAGCACAGAUGAACACAUCUCCYUGUCCCAGUUUUUCAUUGAAGAAUUCAGUGCUUCUAGUGGACUAGCUUUUUACAGCAGUACUGGUUGGUACAAUCGACUUUUUAUAAAUUUUGCCCUCCGGAGGCAUAUUUUCUUCUUUGUGCUGCAGUCCUAUUUCCCAGCCAUGCUGAUGGUGAUGCUAUCCUGGGUUUCAUUUUGGAUCGACAGGAGAGCCGUUCCUGCCAGGGUAUCACUAGGUAUAACUACGGUGCUGACAAUGUCAACCAUCAUCACCGGAGUAAGUGCCUCAAUGCCUCAAGUGUCUUACAUAAAGGCYGUGGAUGUAUAUCUGUGGAUCAGCUUCCUUUUUGUCUUCCUGUCUGUCAUCGAAUAUGCUGCAGUGAACUAUCUCACCACAAUYGAAGAGAGAAAGCAGCUCAAGAAAAGGGGCAAGGCUUCAGGCACGUACAGCAUCGACGCCGUGCAAGCAAUGGCUUUCGACGGCUGCUAUCAUGACACAGAUGCAGACAUGGACCUGCCUGCUUUCCCAGUCCGCUGUGAGGAGAACAUGACUCGGGCACGGGCAGCCAGCAUCCCCAACCUGAGUGCAACGCGCAUCAAGAGGAAGAGAUCUCUGAAAGGAAACGUGGGCAGGAUUAUUUUACAGAACAAUCAUGUCAUCGACACAUACUCCAGGAUUAUAUUUCCCAGUGUGUACAUUGUGUUCAACUUUUUUUAUUGGGGUUUGUAUAUGUGA